AUGGCUCGCUCUGAGACCUCACAGCUCAAGCAUAAUAACAGACUGAAUAUUCCUCAGAAUGACACUCGUACUGCUUUCAAUACCCCCAUAUCCACCACUCUUAUCAACAAAACCCAGCCAAUAAAUCGCCCAAAAAACAAACUAUCUCUAAAUAAUAUUAAACGAAUUAUAAGAAUAAUACUAGCAACGUUUUAUUUGAUCUUAAUCAUUUUGACCAUUCCCUUGGCCUUCGAAAUUGGUGGGACAACUUGUGGUCUAACUUACAGCUUUAUAACCUUUAUAUUAUAUUUCUUACUAACUCUGCUAAGAUUGAUAUCAAAAAAUUAUAAAAGAUUAAAAAUCCUAUCCUAUUUGUACUAUCUACAACACCUAUUUUUACCAAGUUUAUUAACCUUCUUAUUAACCUUUUUUAAUACUCAAUCAACCAACAUCAGCAAUAUCAGCAAUAUCAACAAUAUCAACAACAUCACUAAUACUACCAAUAAUAGCAAUAUAACAAUCAUUCAUUAUUAUACAAACUCCUUCCAAAUCAAUUACAACCAAAUAUUAAACCUCACAACAACAAUCAUUGCCCCCUGGUUUUAUUUCUUGAAAAAUUCAACUCCUUUAUUCACCAUCUUGGAAGGUUUAUGUUCACUCCUACUAAUUCAAUCAAUAGGAAAAUCCUUUAAAUAUCUAAUCAAAAAAAAAUCGGAUUUCUGGGCCAUUAUCUCUCUAUUAUCCUCUGCCAUUAUCCUUACAAUCUCCUUUUAUUUUCUUUACAACAUCUUUAUCAUUCCAAAUCUAAAAAUUGGCUUAUUUUCCGCUACUCUAUUAGGCUCAGUAAUAACCUAUUGUCUAGGUUUAGGUUUGUUUGGUAUCAUGACCAAAAAUGGCUCGACUAUUGAAAGUUGUCUAAUCUUUGCCUAUAUUGUCAAAUGCAUCUACGAAACCUUCCCGGAAUUAAGUCAAAUUGCUUCUUCUGAAUUCACAAAUCUAAUCAAUUUAACCACCAUCAACCUCAGAAAUGAACUAGAUUUAUAUUACUCAAGAAACAAGAAAAAAAACUUUAAUAACUUGAAUUUCAAUAAUUUAAAUAACAUUCUCACAAACAUAAACAUCAACACCAUCAAAUUCUUCAUCAAUGCAAUAACGUAUCUAACUCUACCAAUACUAUUCAACCUAGCAUAUAGAAUAGCUGUUUUUUAUGCUGCCACAAGAAUUAUUCCUGGAAUUAAAAAUGUCUAUAAUAAUCACAAUAAUAAUGAAAGUAGUGAAAAGAGUAAUAAUAAUGAUCAAAAUAAUAAUAACAUCGACAAUAAUAAUAAAAGCAUCGACAAUAGUAAUAACAAAAUCAACAAUAAUAAUAACAAUAAUAACAAUAAUAAUAACAAUAGCUCUAAUGACGAAAUACCGAAAAAAAAAAAAAAUUCGAAAAAAGCCAGCAGAACUUUACAAAUCCUAUAUUUGUUCUCACCAUGUAUAAUCAUUGCUGUUUAUACUCAUUUAAUGCUAGUAAAUAGAAACGAAAUUGGAAACGAAUUAAUACUCUGGGGUUGGUGUUUAUCAAAUAACAAUUUAAAUACAAAUACUGAAGGUACAACAAUAAUAACAGAUGGUAAAAUAGUGGUGAAUUCAAUCCAAUUUUGGAAUUGGAUAAACAUGAUAACAACUUUGGGUUUAUACACAUUUGAAUUAAUCGGGGAAAAUAUCGAUUAAAAUCAAAUCUAAAAUUAAAAUCAAAAAUAAAAUUAAAAAUAAAAUUAAUACUGAGAAAAAGAAAAAACAAUUUGAAUUAACUAAUAAUUAAUUUAACCUGUUGGAAUACAAUUUGCUUAUAUUAUUUUGGAAAUUUUAGAAAUGAUUUAUAAAUUUAUAGUUUGUUUUUUGUAUUGAUUGAUUGAGUAUUUUUUGUUUGUUUGUUUUAUAUUUAUUUUAUUUUAUUUUAU